CCGCCGCCUGCGCUCCUUCCAGUUCGCGGGAGAAGUUGUUGGCGCCAAUGGAGUCCGAGCAGCGAUAACGGAUCUCUCCCCCCCUCCCACACUCCCUCGCACACGCACACACUUACACCCCACCUCCUCGGCGGCCUGCCCACCUGCUGUCGGAGCGUGCGGCUGCGAUGGACAUUCGGAAAUUCUUUGGAGUUAUACCAAGUGGAAAAAAACUUGUAAGUGAAACAGUCAAGAAGAAUGAGAAAACAAAAUCUGAUGAAUCUUUAAAAGCAAAGAAAGGAAUAAAGGAACUCAAGGUCAACAGCUCCAGUAAAGAGGAUGCCUCCAAACAAAAGCCACCAAACAGGAAAAAGAGGGUCAUCUAUGAUUCAGAUUCAGAAUCAGAGGGCACAGUGCAGGUGAAAAAUGCCAAGAAGCAACCAGAGAAAGUGUCUUCCAAACCUGGUAAAAUUCUACGGCAGGAUCCUGUGACUUACGUUUCAGACACAGAUGAAGACGAUGACUUUGUGUGUAAAAAGGCUGCCUGUAAAUCAAAAGAGAAUGGAGUAUCUACAAAUAGUGCACUUGGAGCAUCAAACCUGAAAAAGAAUGAAGAGAGCGCUAAGACUAAGACCAAGCCCCUGUCGCCGAUAAAGCUCACACCAACAUCAGUGCUUGACUAUUUUGGAACUGCCAGUGUCCAGAGGUCAGAGAAGAAGAUGGUGGCAAGCAAAAGGAAGGAGCCUCCUCAAAAUGCAGAUGAUUCCAGAUUAAAUGAUGAAGCCAUUGCCAAGCAGCUGCAACUUGAUGAAGAUGCAGAGCUGGAGAGGCAGUUGCAUGAAGAUGAGGAGUUUGCCAGAACGUUAGCCAUGUUGGAUGAAGAACCCAAGACCAAAAAGAACCGAAAGGACCCUGAAGCAGGAGGAACAUUUUCAUCUGUCCAAGCUGACUUAAAUAAAGCAGAAAAACAUAAAUAUCCUCACAAAGUAAAAACAGAGCAAAUUUCAAGUGAAAGAAAGACUUACAGUCCUAAUAAACAAGCUAAGUGCGGAAGCUCAAGAGAAUCUCAGCAGCACCCCAUAUCAGCAGCUCACCAAGCAGGAGAGCCUUCUCCAAAGGCCAGUUCCAAGCUGGCACUUAUGAAAUCAAAAGAAGAGAGUUCUUACAAAGAAACAGCACCCGUGGCCCCAGAGAGAAGAGAAAACACCACUGACUUGAAAGGAGAGAAGAAAACUCCUAAGAAAGCCAAAAGUUCCCCAGCCAAAAAAGAGUCUGUGAGUCCAGAAGAUUCUGAAAAGAAACGCACGAAUUAUCAAGCUUAUCGAAGCUACUUAAAUCGAGAAGGUCCUAAAGCCCUGGGCUCUAAGGAGAUCCCAAAGGGAGCUGAAAAUUGCUUGGAAGGCCUGACAUUUGUGAUCACAGGAGUGCUGGAGUCCAUUGAGCGAGAAGAGGCCAAGUCUCUAAUUGAACGUUAUGGAGGGAAAGUGACUGGAAAUGUGAGCAAGAAAACAAACUACCUUGUCAUGGGUCGUGAUAGUGGACAGUCCAAGAGUGACAAGGCAGCAGCUUUGGGGACAAAAAUUAUUGAUGAAGAUGGCUUACUGAAUCUCAUUCGAACUAUGCCAGGCAAGAAGUCCAAGUAUGAAAUAGCAGUUGAAGCCGAGAUGAAGAAAGAAAAGUCCAGAUUGGAGAGAACACCUCAAAAAAAUGAUAUGGGGAAAAGAAAAACUAGUCCAACCAAGAAAGAGUCAGGAUCUAAAAAGAGUAAGCUGACUCCAAAAAAGGACAGUCCCCUGAAGGUGGCGAAGAAGGCCGCGAAGGAAGGCAGUGUCCCCCGGCGAGGCCUGGGCUUCAGGGAGCAGGCAGCCGGGGAGACAGAAGAUGACCGAGAGGCCGGGCAUUCAGCUGACAGCCGUGGGGACAAAGUGGAGAACCUGCUCUGGGUGGACAAAUACAAGCCGACCUCACUCAAGACCAUCAUUGGGCAGCAGGGUGACCAGAGCUGCGCCAACAAACUGCUGCGCUGGCUCCGAAACUGGCACCAGAGUUCUCCCGAAGAGAAAAGACAAGCAGCGAAGUUUGGUAAAUUUGCCGGAAAAGACGAUGGCUCUAGUUUCAAGGCAGCGUUGCUGUCCGGCCCUCCAGGUGUCGGCAAAACCACCACAGCCUCCCUGGUGUGUCAGGAAUUGGGAUAUAGCUACGUGGAACUAAAUGCAAGUGACACUCGGAGUAAGAACAGCUUGAAGGCGGUUGUUGCUGAAUCUCUGAAUAAUACCAGCAUCAAAGGCUUUUACACAAGUGGAGCAGCCCUGUCAGUGCCCAUGAAACAUGCUCUCAUCAUGGAUGAAGUAGAUGGCAUGGCGGGCAAUGAGGACCGAGGCGGAGUCCAGGAGUUGAUUGGCCUGAUUAAGCAUACUAAAAUCCCCAUUAUUUGUAUGUGCAAUGAUAGAAACCACCCCAAGAUGCGCUCUCUGGUUCACUACUGCUUUGACCUUCGUUUCCAAAGACCUCGGGUUGAGCAGAUUAAAAGUGCCAUGCUGUCUAUUGCAUAUAAAGAGGGUUUGAAGAUUCCCCCUCCUGCUAUGAAUGAAAUAAUUUUGGGAGCUAACCAAGAUAUCAGACAGGUGUUACACAACCUGAGCAUGUGGUGUGCACGGAGUAAGGCGCUGACCUAUGAUCAGGCCAAGGCUGAAUCUCACAGGGCCAAGAAAGACCUGAAACUGGGCCCAUUUGAUGUUGCCCGGAAAGUGUUUGCAGCUGGAGAUGAGACCGCUCACAUGUCCCUAAUGGACAAAUCGGAUCUCUUCUUCCAUGACUAUUCAAUUGCACCCCUCUUUGUACAGGAGAACUAUGUACAUGUGAAACCUGUGGCAGCAGGGGGUGAUAUGAAAAAGCACCUGAUGCUUUUGAGCCGGGCAGCGGAUAGCAUAUGUGAUGGUGACUUGGUGGACAGCCAGAUCCGGAGUAAACAAAACUGGAGCCUUCUGCCCACACAGGCCAUUUAUGCCAGUGUUCUUCCUGGAGAGCUGAUGAGGGGGUACAUGACCCAGUUUCCCAGCUUCCCCAGCUGGCUGGGGAAGUACUCAUCUACAGGUAAACAUGAUCGGACUGUUCAGGACCUAGCCUUGCACAUGAGUCUUAGAACUUACUGCAGCAAAAGGACUGUGAACUUGGAGUAUCUGUCUCAUUUACGGGAUGCACUUGUACAGCCCUUGGCCUCACAGGGGCCAGAAGGGGUCCAGCAUGUUGUUGCACUUAUGGACACAUACUAUUUGAUGAAAGAAGACUUUGACAAUAUUAUGGAAAUCAGCAGCUGGGGAGGCAAACCCAGUGUGUUUUCAAAGCUGGAUCCCAAGGUGAAGGCGGCCUUCACAAGGGCUUACAAUAAGGAGGCCCACCUCACCCCGUAUUCACUUCAGACGGUGAAGACACCGAGAGCCAGCACAGGCCCGGCCCUGGAAUCCGAGUACAGCGAAGAGCUGCAGGACGAGGACUCUCAGUCGGAUGAGAAGGACCAGGAUGCAAUAGAGACCGAUGCCAUGAUCAAGAAAAAGACGAAAUCAUCAAAGCCUUCAAAACCAGAAAAGGAGUCCAGAAAAGGAAAAGGAAAAAGUUCCAAGAAAUAAAGCCAUUUUCCAGUACCAACGGUCACUUUAACUCGCCCUCCUGACCAGUCUAGCUGGUUUAGAGCAAGCCUUGUUUUCCCGGAGGAACCACGUGUAGCACAAUGGGAUGAGCUGGUGGUCCCAUUAUAAAGGAUGGUACAACUAGAAGAGUGAAGCCAGUCGGCUCUCGUGCACCUCUUAUAGAGGUUGGUAGGACUGCUUGAGUCCUCACUGUCCCCUGCCGAUCAGAUUAGAUUCUUUGAGAAAGCAUAUCUGGGCCUGUAUCAGAUUUUAGUUCACAGGAGCAAGCCUGGGAGCAGGAGACUGAGGCUUCUUGAGGCUUGUUUAUCUAAGAGCCUGUAGAGGACCAAUGCUGAUUUUGUUUUUUAAUAAAGUCCUUAUUAUGUGGUGAAAUUUUGUAAAUAAAUCAUAAUACAGAGUAACCACCACCUAGAAUUGGGUAUUUUUGUACAUUGUCAAAUAUCUUACAGAGUAUAAAUUAGGAAUAAAAAUGUGUUCCACAUGG